AUGUCAUCUAAUUAUAAAAACUUAAAAGCUAUUAAUUAUGAUUUUAUUAGUGACUUUAAAGAAAAGAAAAUAGAUAAGGGAGAAAAUUGGUUAAAAAAAAAUGUCUUGUUAGAAAAAAGUGAAUAUAAUAUGGGUAAAGAUUUUAAAAAUGAAAGAUUAGAACAAAAUAAUAGUAAAUUAAAUUUCAAUUCUAAAAAUUUUUAUUUUAAUGAAAAUUAUUCAUUUUUUAAAGAUACAAAAACUUAUAAUAAGAAAAAUAAUUCCUGUGAGAAUAAAAAUGAAGAGAAAAAUUCAGUUGUGGAAGACAACUUAAUAAAAUAUAAAGAACAAACUAAAAACAGAAUGACAAAUAAUUCAGAAGACAAUAAUAUGUUAAAAAAUAAUAAAAAUGAAGAUUUAAAUUAUACAAAAGUUGAAAGAAACUUAAAAAGGAAAAAAAUAAAUGAAAUUAUAAAUAAAUAUAGGAAAACUAUGAAAAUUUAUCAAGAUAGAAACACACAUAAUGAUUCUGAUAUAGAUAAAAAUAAUGUAUAUAAUACCAAUAAAAAUGAUUGUAACUUAAUUAAAAAUAGUAUAGAAAUCAAAGGAUUGGAAAAAAAUGAUAGUAAAUAUAAUUGUAAUGAUAUAACAUCAAUAGAUAAGGAAAAAAAAAAAGUUCAGGAUACUUCAAUUAUUAACACAGUUAACUUAUAUAAGUAUGAAAAAAAAUUACAUCCUUCUGAAGAAAAUAAUUGGAAAAAGAAUAAUUCUAUAAAAAUUAACCAUAAAAAUUUUAUUGAUGAUAAUAAUAAAUAUAAAAAUUACUUUAAUACGAAUUUUGAUAAAAAUAAAGUUGAAUGUGAUGAUUAUAGUAAUAAUCUUGCAAAUAUGAAAAAGGAUAAGAAUUAUAUAUAUUAUUUUAACAAUGACGAAAAUAUAACAAAUGAUAUUAAUAAUAAAAAUAAUCAGAAUUUAAAUAAUAUUAAAAAAAAAGAUAUUCAAGAAUCAAGUAAAAUAAAUAAUUUUGAUAGAAUAUUAUAUGACAAAAAAAUACAACUAUGCAAAAUUGAAAAUAAAAGGAAUACUUCUACUGAUAAAGAAAUUCAUAAGGAUGAUAAUAUAUAUAAAAUAAAUAAAAAUAACUUAAAUUUUGAUUUACCUACAUAUAAUAAUAGGUUUUAUAUUAACGAAGAUAAAUUAUCCUUUAGUCAAAAAAAAAGAAAUUAUUUAGAUUAUGAAAGGGAAAAACAAAUUGAUUUUAAGAAAUCCGAAAUUUUAAAAAACAAAGAUGAAAAAGAAAAAACAACAGAUUCUAAUACUUUUAAUUUAAGUGAAUUAAAAAACUUAUUUAAUGAAAAUAAAUUUUUUGUUGAAGAAAAAAAAAUUAAAGAUAAAUUUAAAGAAAUAGAAAACAUAGAAAAAUCAAUUGAAUCUAAAAAUUUAUUAUCAAAUGAUGAAUACACAAUUAAUAAUGAACAAAAAAAAAGUUUUAUUGAUGUAAAGAAAUAUUUACAACAUAAAAAAUAUCCUGAUGGAGAAAUAAAAAAAAAUGAUAAUAUUAAAUAUCAUAUAGAUGAAAAAAAUAAACAACAAUCGAAUGAAUACAAUAUCAUUAAAAAUAAAAUUUAUAAUAAUGAUAAAAAUAAUUCAAAUGUUGUUAUAAAUAAUAAAUUAGACUUUUAUAAAAACAUAAAAAUGAACGAAAUGAAAAAAUCUAAUGAAUUAAAAACUGAAUUACUUUACAAUGUUACUGAAGAUAAUAUAAAAAAAAAAUAUAAUUCAGAAACUUCAUUAGAUCAUAAAUAUGACGUAAAAAAUUCUAUAAAUGCAUCAAUAGUUGGAAGCUAUCUUAAAAAAGGAGACAUGGAUAUUUUGAAGAAAAAUGAUAAUUAUGAAAAAAAGCUUAAAAUAAAUAAAAAAUUAUUAAACUUUAAAAAUGAUAGAAAUGUGCAACCAAAUGAAAUUAAUAAAAUAAAUAAUGAAGAAAAUGAUAUAUUUGAUAAAAAUAGUUUUAUAAAUAAAGAUGAUAAUAGAAAAAGUUUAUUUUAUGAUGCAAUUGAAGAACCGUUAUACAAAGAUGAAAAUAACAUAAAAAAAUGUAUUGAAAAAAAAAUAAAUAAAAAUGAAGAAAAGUUAAAUAAAUAUGACUAUAAAUUGAGCACUCAUUAUGGUAAAACUGAGGAUAUCAAAGAAGGAAAAUGGAGUAUUUUAAAAACAAAAAAUUUAGAAAUUAAGCAUGUAGGUAAUAAUUCUAUAAUUGAUGAUAAAAAAAAAAAGGAAAGACAUUUAUACAAUAAUAUAAGUGAAAAUUUCAAAAAUUCGUUACUAUCAAAAUUAAAGGAAAUUAAUAAAAGAAAAGAAAAUAUUAAUAGUGAUUAUGUAAUAAAAGAAAAUGAAGAAUUGAGUAAAAGUAGCAAAUUACUUAUUGAGAAUAUUGAUUUUUUAAAAGAUAAAAAAUUAUAUGAUAUUUAUGAAAAAAAUAAAAUAAAAAACGAAAAAGAAGAAGAAAAAGAAGAAAAAGAAGAAAAAAAAGAAAAAGAAGAAAAAGAAGAAAAAGAAGAAAAAGAAGAAAAGGAAGAAAAGGAAGAAAAGGAAGACAAAAAUGAAAAAGUAGAAGAAGAAAAAAAAAAAAAGAAUUUAAAUGAUAAUAAUUACAUUCCUUUAAAAAAUAAUUUUGUGAACAAUUUUAACACAAAAAAUAGUUCCAUUAAAGAAGAAAUAAAAUACAUUAAUGGUAAUAUUAAUAAUAAAGAAUUAACUAAAAGUCAUUUAAAAUAUGAUAAAGAUUUUAUAAAUUUGUAUAAUUCUAAAAAUGUGAAAACAAAUAAUGACAAUUACUUAAAUGCUAAUUUUACAAGCGAAAAUAUUGAUUGUAAAAUAAAAAAUGAUUUUAAUAGUGGUAAUAAAAAUAUAAAUUCAAAAUAUAAAGAAAUAAAUAUAAACAGGAAUAAUAUGAGUCGUGAAAAAAUAAAGUAUGAUUAUAACUUUGAAAUUAAUAAUGAAAUUUCUCAAACAGAUAAAAAAAAUAAAAUAGAAAAUAUAAUCAAAUGUAAUAAUAAAGAUGAAAUAAAAAACAUAGAAAUAUGUACAAAUGAAAGUAUAAAAAGAAAGAAUGAUAAAAUCUUAAACAGGAGUAUUAAUGAAUAUGUUAACAUGAAUGAAAGAAGAAAUCAAUAUGAAAACAAUAAAAAAAAUGAAAAUGAAAAAGAUACAAGUAGUAUAAAUAAAAAGAGUGUUAAUUUAAAGUAUAUAUUAACACAAGAUUCAGUAAAGGAAGAUAUUUUUUCAAAAAAUAUUUUAGCUAAUUUUGAUGAACACUUAAAUGAAGCAAGAGAUAAUUCAAAUAUGAAUACACAUAAGAACACUUUGUAUUAUUCUGUUGACUUUCUAAAUAAUUUAAUUAAUGAGGAUAAUAAUAGCAAAUCCACUCAUGAUAUAUUUUCACGAAGGAUAAAUAAACUGUCAAGAAAUCAAAAAAAAAAUGAAAAUAAAAUUAGUUAUAGAAAAAUUAAUGAAAAGGAAAAUGGUUAUAAUAUAUAUUCAGAAGAAAAAAAAAAGAACUCAAAUGAAAAAAUAAAAGAAAAAUUAGAAAUGAUAAAACAAAUUAACAAUGAACAAAAAACCCAAAUUGAUGAGGAUAAUAAAUUAAGACAUGAAAUAAAUUUGAAAAGAAAAUUAUAUGAAUUAAAAAUUAGAAGAGAAUUUGAAGAGAAAAUAAGAUUACGAAGAAAAUUAAAUGAACAAGAAAUUAUACAUGAAAAAAAAAAGGAAUGUAUAAAUGAUAAUGUUAAUAAAAUAAAAGAGAAGGAAAAGGAAAAAAUAGAAGAUAACGAUGAAGAAGUAGAAAAUACAAAAGAAAAAAAGAAAGAAAAAGAAAAAGAAAAAGAAAAAAAGAAAAAAUUAUUUGAAGACUAUUCUAGUGAUGGUAGUUAUUAUAAAUAUGUAUACAGGAAUUUAUAUGAAGAAACAUGUAAUAAAAAGGUAAAAAAUUAUUUUUAUGAUAUAAGUGAUAAUUUGUACUUACAAGAAUGUUCAGAUAAUUUUUUUCAUAACAUUAAAAGUCAUUCAUCAGUUGAUAAUUCUAUUUCUAAUAGUUUUGAUAAUGAAUUAAUUUCCUUAAGUAAAAUAAAAUUUGAUGAUUUUGAUUAUAAUUACUUAAAUGAACGUAAAAUGUCAAAAUGCAUAAAAAAAGAAAAUUCCACUUGUUCUCGUAAGAGUGAAAGUGAUGAUAAGUUAAAAAAUAAGUUUUUAAUUAAACCUCAAGUAGUUUUAACAGAUAAUGAAAAUAAUUGCACAAGUGAUCAAAAAAAGAAAAAAACGAUGAAACUAGAAAAAUAUAAAUUAUCAAAUAAAUACGAUUCAAAUAAUAACCACAGUGAUAGAGAUUAUCGAAGUUCCUACUUGACUAAAACUGAAAAAAAAAAGUCUUUUGAUUAUUCUAACAGUAUAAUUAAUUCUAACAAUUAUAAAAAUAAUAAUGAAAUAUUGAAUAAAUUAUUAAACAUAAAAUAUCAAGAUAAGAUAAAGAAAAAUAAUAUAAAUGAAAAAAGUGGGAUAAUAAUAGAGAAAAAUAAAAUUGAGAAAAAUGUAAUUGAAAAAAAUAACAAUAAAGAAGUAAAUAAUAUAAAUGAAGAGAAUAAUGUAACUGAAAAAAACAACACAAGUAUAGAAUAUAUUAUAAAUGAAGAAAGUUAUACAAAUGAUAAAUACAGCAUAAAUGAAGUAAAUAAUAUAAAUGAUGAUAAUGUAAUAAAUAAAAAAAAUAAUUUAAAGGAAGAAAAUAAUACAAAUGAAAAAAACAAUAUAAAUGAAAAAAGAAAUAUAAAUGAAAUAAAUAAUUUAAUUGAAGAAAACGACAUAAAUCAAAACAAUAAUAUAAAAGAAGAGAAUAAUACAAAUGAAAAAAACAAUAUAAAUGAAAAAAGAAAUAUAAAUGAAAUAAAUAAUAUAACUGAAGAAAACGACAUAAGUAAAAAAAAUUAUAUAAAUGAAGAAGAUAAUAUAAAUGAAAAAAAUGAUAUAAAUAAUGAGAAUAAUAUAAUUAAAGAAAACUACAUAAAUAAAGAAGAUAAUAUAAAUGAAAUAAAUGAUAUAAAUAAAAAAAAUUAUAUAAAUGAAGAAGAAACUAGUAAUAACAAUAUAUAUGAAAAUUAUAAUAAUAUAAAAUUAAACAAAAAUUCUGAAGUGAAUUCACAUUUAGAAAAGUCAAAUUUACAAAAAUUGAAUUUGUCUAAUAACCAAUCAGGAAAAAUGGAAUAUGGAAAUGAAGAUGAAAUUAAAAAUAAAUCAUCUUUAAAUAAAACAGAAAACAAAAUUAGUUUGAAUGAAAAUGAAGAAAAAGAAAAAGAAAAAGAAAAAGAUGAUGAUAAUAUAAAAUCUUCUUUAUCUUCGUCUGAUAAUGCUAUACCUAAAAUUAACAUUUUACAAAAUAAAGAAAAUUACAUUCCUUUAGAUGUUGCCUUAAAUUUUGUCAUGGAUAAUCAAAAAUUAAAAAAAAAUAUACAAAAGGAAAAUAAAGGAAAUAAAAAAAAGAAAACUUUUGUGCAAUGGCUAAUGGAGGAAAGAAAAAAAAGACUAAAGAAUAAUUUACCAAUAGAUAUAUAA